AUGUCUAAACAGCAGCAGCAGCACAAAACGUUUUGGUUUCUGGCCGCAAUAUUUACGAUAUUGCCCCCAAACCACAUACACUUAGAGACCGACUCACAAGCGAAAGGCUGGAGGAUCGAAGCGUCGUGCAGUGAUCGUAUCUCAUUACGAUCAUAUAUACAAAUGGAUGGAAUGUGCGGUUUCCGUUCGUCGGGAGACUACUCGGAGAAAGCGGCGAUGAUGAUGCAGUCCGAUUACCAGAACCUGCUUUGUUCAUCCGCCGGAGACAACCGCGUUUUUGGAUCCGACGAACUUUUCUCAGCAGCUUCCGCUUUGUCGUCGGAGGCGGUUUCGAUCGCGCCGCGUGCUCGAAGAGCCGAUGAUAAUUUCUCGCUCGGCGUCAUCAAGUCGAAGAUCGCUUGUCAUCCUUUGUAUCCUCGCUUGCUUCAGACCUACAUCGAUUGCCAAAAGGUGGGAGCUCCUAUGGAGAUAGCGUGUUUGUUGGAAGAUAUCCAGAGAGAGAACGAUGUGUACAAGAGAGAUGUUGCUCCAUUAUCUUGCUUUGGAGCUGAUCCUGAGCUUGACGAAUUCAUGGAAACGUACUGCGAUAUAUUGGUUAAAUACAAAUCCGAUCUCGCGAGGCCGUUCGAUGAGGCUACGACUUUCUUGAACAAGAUCGAAAUGCAGCUCCAGAACCUGUGCACUGGUCCCGCAUCAUCUGCUCGAGGCUUUUCAGAUGAUGGUGCGGUUUCAUCUGACGAGGAACUGAGAGAAGGUGAUGACGUCACAAGGCAGGACAGCCAACAAAGAAGCAAUGACCGGGAUCUCAAGGACCAGCUGCUGCGUAAAUUCGGUAGCCAUAUCAGUUCAUUGAAACUCGAGUUCUCGAAGAAGAAGAAGAAAGGGAAGCUACCAAGAGAAGCAAGACAAGCAUUGCUCGAUUGGUGGAAUGUUCAUUAUAAAUGGCCUUACCCCACUGAAGGCGACAAGAUAGCUUUGGCAGAAGAAACGGGAAACGCCAUUGGAAGCCUUCAGAGAACAUGCCGUUCGCUAUGA